AUGAGGAUUACGGAAAUUGUCAUAGAUGGCUUCAAAUCGUACGCUGUGCGUACGGUUAUCUCGGGAUGGGACGAAUCCUUCAACUCAAUCACUGGUCUGAACGGCAGUGGUAAAUCCAAUAUCCUCGAUGCUAUUUGCUUCGUGCUCGGUAUCACCAACAUGACCACGGUCCGCGCGCAAAACCUCCAAGACCUUAUCUACAAGCGCGGCCAAGCCGGUGUCACGAAAGCUAGCGUUACCAUCGUUUUCGACAACCGAGAUACCGCGAAAUCUCCCAUCGGAUUCGAAGAAUAUGCGAAUAUCUCGGUGACGCGACAGAUUGUGCUAGGCGGCACGAGCAAAUAUUUGAUCAAUGGCCACCGUGCGCAACAACAGACCGUCCAGAACCUGUUCCAGAGUGUCCAGCUGAACAUCAACAAUCCAAACUUCCUCAUUAUGCAGGGCCGCAUCACGAAAGUCCUGAACAUGAAAUCGGUCGAAAUCUUGUCAAUGAUUGAGGAGGCAGCUGGCACACGAAUGUUUGAGGAUCGAAGAGAGAAGGCAAACAGGACAAUGGGAAAGAAGGAGCUGAAGCUGCGCGAGAUCGAAGAGUUGCUGAAGGAAGAGAUUGAGCCCAAACUCGAGAAGCUACGGUCGGAAAAGCGAGCUUUCCUCGACUUCCAGCAAACUCAGAAUGAUCUCGAGCGCUUGACGCGACUUGUCGUUGCCCAUGACUACGUUCGUGGCGGCGAGCGAUUGCGGGUUGCAGGCGAGGAGUGCGAGAAUAAACGCAACAAAGUUGAAGCACUCGAAAAUAAUGCGAUCAAGCUCAAAAAUGAGAUCGCUCACCUGGAAGAGGACGUGGAGCGAGUGCGCUCGGCUCGCGACAAGGAACUCCGAAAAGGCGGGAAGUUCCAGGGCCUUGAAGAUGAGGUCAAGCACUACUCGCACGAGUUAGUCCGACUUACCACGGUCUUUGAUCUCAAAAACUCCAGCAUGGCUGAAGAGAAGGAGAAACGGCGGACGAUCCAGAAGACGGUCACUGAUCUUGAGAAAGUCUUGAAGGAGAAGCGUGAGAUCUACGAGAAGCUUCAGGCGCAGUAUGACACAGCCAAGGCCGAAUUGGAUGCACAGACUGUAGAGGUGGAGCAAAAGGAGGAGCUGCUCCAGACGUUGCAGACCGGUGUUGCCUCAAAGGAAGGCCAAGAAAGCGGCUACCAGGGUCAACUGCAAGAUGCCCGAAACCGCGCAAGCAAUGCAGCCACCGAACAAGAGCAAGCAAAGCUUAAGAUCAACCAUCUGGAGAAACGAAUCAAAGAGGAAGAGCCUCGCGCAAAGAAGGCGAAGGAACAAAACUCGGGGCUCUUGCGGGAUCUCGAAGGAUUGAAGUCCCAAGCUAGUAAGCUCGAGUCAGAGCUGACUCGGCUCGGAUUUGAGCCUGGCAAGGAGGAACAUAUCUACCAGGAGCAGACUGGCCUUCAGCGAGAUAUUCGCGACCUCCGUCAACGGGCCGAUGGUCUCAAGCGACAGGCCGCGAACAUUGACUUCAACUACUCAGACCCUCACCCCAACUUUGAUCGGUCCAAAGUCAAAGGUUUGGUGGCUCAGCUCUUCACUCUCAACAAAGAUCAAGUUUCCGCCGCGACUGCUCUGGAGAUCUGUGCGGGUGGUCGACUUUACAACGUGGUCGUGGACAGCGCAGAGACCGGUACUCAACUGCUUCAGCGCGGCAAGCUGCGCAAGCGCGUGACUAUCAUCCCCCUUAAUAAGAUCUCCGCUUUCAAGGCCUCUGCGGAAAAGAUUGGAGCUGCACAGAGGCUAGCCCCCGGAAAAGUUGAUCUCGCUCUGUCCUUGGUUGGGUACGACGAGGAAGUGCUGGCGGCGAUGAACUACGUCUUUGGCAACACACUCAUCUGCAACGAUGCUGAAACGGCCAAGAAGGUGACAUUUGAUCCGUCAGUCCGAAUGAAGAGUGUCACGCUGGAAGGUGAUGUAUAUGAUCCGUCUGGAACACUUUCGGGCGGAAGCUCUCCCAAUUCCAGUGGUGUUCUCGUCACUUUGCAAAAACUCAAUGAAAUCGUCAAGGAGUUGCGGAGCAAGGAACGACAGCUUGCGACUCUGGAAGAUCAUAUGGACAAGGAGAAGAAGAAGCUCGACGCCGUUCGCUCCAUCAAACAGAAUCUUGAUCUCAAGACCCACGAGAUCAAACUCACUGAGGAGCAAAUUAGCAGCAACUCUUCAUCUUCGAUUAUUCAAGCUGUUGAGGAGAUGAGAGCAAACAUCGAGCAACUCAAGAAAGACAUUGUCGACGCUAAGUCUCGCCAAACCGAAGCAUCCAAGGAUAUCAAGCGAAUUGAGAAAGACAUGAGUGAAUUCGACAAUAACAAAGAUAGUAAGCUGGAGGAACUACAAACCACGCUAGACAAACUCAAGAAAAGUCUGGUGAAGAAUUCUAGCUCGGUCAAAGAGCUGCAGAAGGAAUUGCAAACUUCCAGGCUAGACUCCGAACAAGUCGGAAGCGAUUUGUCUGCAGCCGAAGAGCAGUUGGUCGAGUCCGACAACACCUUAAAGGCCCAAAGUGAGGAGAUCGAGUCACAAAAGCGGGAGCAGGCGCGACUCAAGGAUGCCCAUGACAUCGCGCAAGCUCAACUUGAUGACGAGCGGGCCAAGUUGACCGGCUUUGACGAGGAACUACGAGAGUUGGAACAAGCUAUAAAGAGCAAAUCCUCUCAAAUCACAGAGGACGGCCUCGAAGCGCAGAAGCUCGGUCACCAGCUCGAGAAGCUACAAAAGGAUCAACACACUGCUAGCCAAGCCGUGGCUCACAUGGAACAGGAACAUGAAUGGAUCGCGGACGAGAAAGAGCAAUUCGGACGUGCCAACACUCCCUACAAUUUCCAGAACCAGAACAUUGCCGAGUGCAAGUCUACCCUUCGUAAUUUGACGGAGCGAUCUCAGGGCAUGAAGAAAAAGAUCAACCCGAAGGUCAUGAACAUGAUCGACAGCGUCGAGAAAAAGGAAGCUGCUCUCAAGAACAUGAUGAAGACGGUCAUUCGUGACAAGCGAAAGAUCGAAGAGACUAUCAUGAAUCUUAACGAAUACAAGAAGGAAGCUCUCCACAAAACAUGGGUCAAGGUCAAUGGCGACUUUGGGCAGAUCUUCAACGAGCUUCUACCGGGUAGUUUCGCCAAACUCGACCCUCCGGAGGGCAAAGACAUCACCGAUGGCCUCGAAGUGAAAGUAUCCCUGGGCAAAGUGUGGAAGCAGAGCUUGACAGAACUGAGUGGUGGUCAACGUUCCCUCAUUGCUCUGUCAUUGAUCAUGGCGCUCUUGCAAUUCAAACCAGCACCGAUGUACAUUCUGGAUGAGGUUGACGCCGCAUUGGAUCUUUCACACACGCAAAACAUCGGUCGGCUGAUCAAGACCCGUUUCAAGGGAUCUCAGUUCAUCGUCGUCUCGUUGAAGGAUGGCAUGUUCCAAAAUGCCAACCGCAUCUUCCGCACGCGGUUCAGCGAGGGAACCAGUAUUGUUCAGGCAUUGACGCCUGCGGAUAUGAAAUAA